GAGAAGUGGGGGAGGGAAGAAGGUGGGCUCUCAGCCAACAGAUACUUAAAUACAGGACAGGUGAAGCUAGAGUCAGUGCAAGUCCACGAUCUGCCCACAUUCUCUACCUGACUAUUCGGGAACAGGAAAUCUCUAAAGAUGGUUAAAUCAGCGCUGUCUGUGCUCUUGGUCCUGGUAGCCAUUUCCUCUACCUUUGCUGCAAAAUAUAUCCCCAAGAGUGGGAAGAGGGUCCCACAGACUCUGUCCAGAGGAUGGGGCGAUCAGCUGAUCUGGGCUCAGACUUAUGAGGAGGGUCUUUACUGGUCCAGGUCAAAGAACAAGCCCCUGUUGGUCAUCUUUCACCUUGAAGACUGCCCACACAGCCAGGCGCUGAAGAAAGUCUUCUCCGAGGAUAACGAGGUCCAAAAAAUCCUCGAUGAGGACUUCGUCAUCCUUAAUCUGGUGUAUGAAACCACAGACAAACAUCUGUCCCCUGAUGGCCAGUAUGUUCCCAGGCUCCUUUUUGUUGGUAAGAGCUCGAGAUUAGGACAUAAUCUCUGUUAUAUAGACUGGGAACUACUAUUACAUCUAUCAGUGUGUUUUAUUGCACUGAAUCCUUUUAAUGUUUCUCAAGGAAAUGACAUUAACUAUAAUUAG